UUGUUGGGUUGGCGGCGCCGCCCGCCCGCCAUCCUUCGUUCCUUCCCUCCUUCCCUGAGAGCCGGCGGCCAUCCCCGUGGAUGCCGGCACAGCUCAGCUGCGAACAGCUCCUGACUCCGGUGGAUACCGAGAGGCCUCGCCCGGCUCAGGGAUCGCUUCCCCGGCUGGCACAGACCACCCGCGCUGGUUUGAGCCCAUCCAGGCUUUUCCAGCCCUGCAGCCGGGACCGAGGGACGCCUCGGUGCUGUCCCAGUACCGCGGGGCAGGGAUGAGGACAUCGGCCUGAACGCUCUGGACACCAGCUGUGACUCUCCUGUGCCUGUAGCUGGGAACAGCCAUGCCAGCCCAAAAGGACAGAUGGGUUUCUUCCUUGGUUUUCCUUCUCUUCUCCAUCCCACUGUGUGGAAGUGCCAGCCUGCAGCAGGAGCCAAGCCCCCAGCACUAUUUCAGUGGCUUGGAAGCUGGAAAAGCAUCCUUGGCUUUUUUCAGCCCCAGUGUUUCUCCUGGUGCCCAGCCCUUCCUGGAGCACAUUGAGAGCUCAGCUGAGGCCCUCCAGGACUAUGGUGUCUCUGUGGUGAAGGUGAAUUGUCCCAAGGAGGAUGUCUCAAGAUAUUGUGGAAAAGAAAAUGCAUUAAGGAAAGCCUUCCUGUUCAGAGGGCACCGGCUGAUCCGAGAGUUCCCCACCGACGCCCUGUUCGACGGCAACUCCAUCGUCGCCAACGUUCUGUUUGCCCUGCUCUUUAAUGAAGUUAAAUAUGUUGAAACACUGGCAGACCUUGAGAACAUUGAAAAUGUAUUGAAGGGGAAGUCCAACAUGGUCUUUGCCUAUGUACCAGCUACUGGGACAGCAGAGCACAGAGCUGUGAUGGAGGCAGCUUUUGUCUAUGGGACCAUCCACCAGUUUGUCCUGACAACUGAGGCAGCCCUGCUGAAAGCCACCAGCCCUGAUGACCCCGAUGUCUCCUCUGCCUGGCUCCUGUUCUGCCACUGCCAGCAGGUGACAGAGCCAGCCCAGGCCUGCAGGAGGACAGCCCUGGCACAGCCCCUGACCCUGCUCAACAUCCACAGGCACCUCAAGCUCAUGGGGGCUCCACUGGUGACAGAGGUUGCUGAGGACCCAGAGAAGAUCUCCACUGUUCACUUGCAGCUCGGGCUGCCCCUGGUGUUCAUCCUGAGCCAGAAGGAGACCUAUGAGGCUGACAGGAGGACAGCAGAGUUUGUGGCCUGGCAGCUCCUGGGGAAAGCAGGAGUUGCCCUUUUGUCCAGGGACCUCGUGGAGCUGAACGUUCUGCAGCGCUCAAAUGUGGCCCUCAAGACACCAGAUGAGGGAAUGCCAAUCCAAUACCUGGUCUUGGAAGACACUGAUGAAGUUAUAACCCUGGUGGAAGAUAAGAACAAGGUGAAACCAAUCCAGGAGGAUGAGCAGGAGGAGGAGGAGGAGGAAGAUGAGGAUCAGCAAGAGAAUAACAAUCAAGAUAUUCAGGAUGACCAGGUGGUGGAAGCAGUUUCCAGGGACAAGAAGAGAGAGCUGCCUCUGGAGCAGAUCCUUGUCCUGACAGAGGAGAACUUCCACUCUUCCCUCCCAGAGGCUGCCAGGACAGUGGUGCUGUUCUAUGCCAGCUGGGAAGCUGUGUCCCUGGCCGUGCUGCGCUCUUACUCCGAGGUGGCCGCUCACCUGCAGGGAACCCCAGGGCUUUUGCUGUCCCGGGUGAACUGCUGGGACUGGCCUGGCCUCUGCUCCCAGGAGAAUGUCACCCAGUUCCCCACCCUGAGGAUUUACCAGCAGGGACAGCAGCCAGUGACAUAUGGUGGCAUGUGGGGAGCUGAAGAGCUGAGCAGCUUCAUCCUGCUGAGCCAAGUUCCCUGCCCACUGAAGCUGGCCACCAUGGCUGAAGCAGAAGGAUAUUUGAGAGGGGAAUUUCCAGCUGAGCUGCCAUCCCACCACCACCCCUCACUCCUGGGAGUGUUUAGCUCAGCCACCAGCAAAGCCAGGGAAGCUUUUGAAGAGGCAGGAAACAUCCUAAGUGGCCACGUAAGGAUGGGGAUGUAUUUUGAAGAUGAUGCCUUGGCUUUAUCCCAGAAAUACUCCGUGUCCCCCCCUGCCCUGCUCCUGGCCCGGAGCGGCGGCCGCAGCGUGGAAGGCAUUGCUCUGUCCAAACACAACGUGCAGGACAUGCUGCAGAUGAUCAGAUAUGAACUGCUGGGCAUUUUUCCAGAAAUCACCGUGCCAAAUCUGCCCCAGUACCUGCAGCUGGGAAAACCCUUCCUCAUCCUGUUCAGUGCUGGUGACAUCAGUCAGGUGGAAAGUGAGGAAAUGCUGAAGCUGGCAAAAGGAAGACCCCAGCAGACAUUUGUGGUUUGCUGGUUGAACCUGAAGAAGACUCCAGUGGGAUAUGGGAUCCUGAGGACACACUUCUCCACCACUCCUCCCUUGCCCCUUCUCCUCUGGGUGAACCUCCAUGCUGGGGGUCAGGUGUUCAAGUUCCCCUCAGAGCAGCCCAUCACUGAGGUGAACAUCUUGCUGUGGCUGGAGAAGCUCCAAGCAGGACUGGAGAUUCCCAGCAGUACCUUGUCUGAGGAGGACUGGACGCCACCACUCCCUGCCUACGACUUCCUCCAGAUGAUGGAGCCUGAGCUGUCCCCGCAGCCCGGGCACUCCCCGGCACAGCAGCCGCCCAGAAGCCCCGGAGGGGCCCCGGCAGGAGGGGACAGCGGCACCCGGGAGGAGCCAUCGCAGGAGGGCACGGCGGAGGAGGGUGGUGUCCCCGGGAGGGGCCUGCGGGGGACGGCCCCGAGGAUGGCAGCGAGGGACAAGCACGGCAGGAGGCACGGCGAGCUCUGAGAGCCGGGCAGGGGCUGCCCUGCACAGCCUGGCGCUGUCCCUGCCUUUUCUCCGAGGAGAGGAGAGGUUUGGUUGUCAGGGAAUGGUGAAAGGAGAGGCCACUCCCUGCUGCUGAGUGCUGGGGGUGUCUGUACAUCCCACUUGUUGUGCCCUGGCUGCUCUUGGGAGCUCAUCAAGCAACAAGCUACACUGGAAAAAACAAUUCACAGAAUCACAGAAAUUCUAGGUUGGAAGAGACCUUUAAGAUCAUCGAGUCCAACCCAUGUUCUAACACCUCAACUAGAUCAUGGCACCAAGUGCCACAUCCAGUCUUUUUUUAAACUCUUCGAGGGAUGGUGACUCUACCACCUCCCUGGGUAGAUGAUUCCAGUAUCUGGCCACUCUUUCUGUAAAAUACUUCCUCCUUAAUUCUAGCCUGUAUCUCCCUAGGCGCAGCUUGAGACUGUGCUCUGUAGAUUCCUCAAGUCUCAGAGUCACUUCAGCUGCCCCUGAGCAGGAAGGGGUGAGUGAUUCCAAGAUAAAAAGCCCAUUUCUCUCCUCCCUGGCUGCAGGAGAAGCUCUACUGAUGUGUGACAGAAAAUCCUGCAAUUCCAUCUGCACUGGAAGUGUGUGGAGCCAGCAUUCCACCACUCCAGGGCUGCUCCAAGCAGCCCCAGUUGUGUUUACACCUGACUUGUGACCUGAAUUGGUGAACUUGUUCAUCCUCACAGCGGGAGAAGAGGAGGAUCUGCUCAAAGCAGAUUUAUUCCAGAAGCCAGAGCUCAGGUCACACAACAGUCCUGAAUAGCUGGGCCAAAACUCUGCCAGCAAAUCCCAGGGGUGGGCAGGUUGGGAGAUGGCUUUGCUCACUGCUGGCAUUUUCUUGGUCACAAGCCCAGGGGCUAUUUGCAGCCUCCAUUUGUCUUUGCUCUCAGUGACAGCAGCAAGGUUGGUGCCUCCUGAGCUGGGAAUGUGCAGGGAGCAAGCUCUGUGGAAAGCUCAAGAGGGGAGGGAGAUGAAGGGCAAGGCUGGACCCUUCCAAGGUGGGAUGGAGCUGCUUCACAUCCAAAACUUCAGUGGGGAGAUGCAAAAUCUGGGCAAGUGCAUUUCCAGCCUCUGCACAUCUCCUGGACAAGAAAUGGCAGGAGGUUGAAAGCAGAUGGUCCAGGAUUCCAUGAACAUCCCUUCAAUGAACUUGAUCUCCCUCCCAGAGAGAUGUGCUGGGACAGUCAGAUCCCCUUCCUACUCCUUAAGGCUCUGAAAUUACUGAGAAGAGGAAAAAAUGCUGGUAAGGGACUGCUGAGAGCAUUGCAAACUCAGUAUUUCUCAUCCUGCAAGCAGCACACGUGGCUGUGAGGCUUUUGAAAUACCCAGAAAUAGAUUAUUAGUCCUGGGCUGCACUGGAGGCCUUAAUUGAGAGUGACCAUUUUUGGACUGAGUGACAGGCUGGGAGCCAAAAUGUAUGUAUUUAAAGGAAUGAAGUGCAGCCUGCUGAUCAAAGGCAUGCUUCCCAAGGGAAGGGUGUGAGCAGAUGCUUCGUGUGUUCCCAUCAUUCCUGUGCUCCACGAGGUCCUCACGCUGCUGAAUUCCAUCAGCUGAACAUUGCUCAUUUCCCCUGCUGGCCCUGGUCACCAGCAUCGAAUCCCAGAAUGGGUUGGGUUGGAAAGGACCUUAAUUCCCAUCCCAUCCCAUCCCAGCCCUGCCAUGGCAGGGACACCUUCCACCAUCCCAGGCUGCUCCCAGCCCAUCCAGCCUGGCCUUGGGCACUGCCAGGGGCAGCCACAGCUGCUCUGGGCACCUGUGCCAGGGCCUGCCCACCCUCCCAGCCAGGAAUUCCUUCCCAAUAUCCCAUCCAUCCCUGCCCACUGGCGGUUUGAAGUGCAAUAAUUGGGUUUUUCAUUGCAUCUUUAAUAAACUCCAUCUCCAGUA